AUGACCUCCCAACUGCACAAGAGCGAGUAUCUGGAGGUCGUCGACCCGCGCUUUGCCGGCGCCUUCCCGCCCUUCGAGCACCCCCGACAGCCGCGUCUUGGCCGCGCAUAUACAACCGCGAAUCCGCCCAGCCAUAUCGAGCUUGAGCCGCGUCCAGCCCUACGAGAGCGUGCCCAAACCGCCUCCGCCGCCAAAGCUCGAUCUGCCCCCAGACGACGGCCCGGUGCGCCGACGCGUGUAGGCUGGGAGAAGGCGGAGGUGGACAAAGAGCUGCAAAAAGCCUUUGACUUGGAAGAGGACCCAAUGGGUGAUACGGAGAAGGAGAAGGAAAUUCGCCGCUGCCGGGGGGGGUUUCGUGAAGAAAUGCGAGCAAUGGCGGAACAACUGAGCGAAUUGUACGUGGAAAUGGUGGCUUCGCGUGAUGGAAACCUCCACGAUUUGGCCAAAAUAGCGGCACGAAGGCUCAAGGGUAUCGUCAAAUGUCGUGACCGCCACCAGAAAGAGGCGAAGGAGAAGGGGAGGCGGGCCAGUCUGACACAGCUGCAUGACGUCGGCAAUGUGAAGGUAAUGGGAGCGCUGUUUUGGACUCUCUACACGUACACAAAGCAUAUGCACAGCUAUUUCGAGGAUGUGAAGGAAUACCAGCGCCAGGACAUCAAGAAUCCAAUCCGUGUCGUGAGAGACAAAUUCCGAGAGCUGAAUCAGCUCUACCGCAACAUAGACUUAGAGGUCGAGAAAAAUCCCGAAGCACGUCCAGCCGAAUUAGCACCAGCACCGGCGUCGAUGUCAGAAGAGAGAGAGCCCAAAGCAGAGUCUAAGCUUCUCAAGCUGAAGAAGUCCCUGAGCGACCUCCUGACGUUCCGCAAACAACGCGAGACUUGA